AUGUCCCACAGGAAGUUUUCGGCUCCACGGCAUGGUUCUCUGGGCUUCACACCCAAAAAACGCAGUCGUCGCAUUCGUGGCAAAUGCAAAGCUUUUCCUAAGGACCGUCGUUCGUUGCCGCCACAUCUCACCGCCUUCAUGGGAUUUAAGGCGGGUAUGACGCAUGUCGUUCGUGAUGUUGAUCGCCCUGGAUCAAAAGUUCACAAAAAGGAGAUCGUUGAACCGGUUACUAUUCUCGAAUGCCCGCCUAUGGUCAUUGUUGGUAUUGUUGGUUAUGUUCAAACCGCCAAGGGUCUUCGUACCUUUAAGACCAUCUGGGCCGAACACUUAAGCGAGGAAUGUCGCCGGCGUUUUUACAAGGACUUUUGUAAAUCGAAACGGAAAGCUUUUACCAAGGCUUCCAAGAAGUGGGCUGAUGAGGCUGGUCUUGCGGCGAUUAACAACGACAUGAAGAAGAUGAAGAAGUACUGUUCUGUAAUUCGCGUGAUUGCCCACACUCAGAUGAGGUUGAUGAAACAUCGCCAAAAGAAGGCUCAUAUCAUGGAAAUCCAAGUUAAUGGCGGCACUGUCUCUCAAAAGGUUGACUGGGCUCGUGAACACCUCGAAAAACAGAUUCCCGUAGCGAAUGUUUUUGCUCAGGAUGAGAUGAUUGAUGUCAUCGGUGUCACCAAGGGUAAAGGUUUCAAGGGUGUCACGUCUCGUUGGCAUACAAAAAAACUACCUCGCAAGACUCAUAAGGGUCUUCGUAAAGUCGCUUGCAUCGGAGCUUGGCAUCCGGCUCGUGUGGGUCGUACUGUCGCCCGUGCUGGGCAGAAGGGAUAUUUUCAUCGCACCGAGAUGAACAAAAAGAUUUACCGCAUUGGUCUUGGCGUUCAAGCCCAAAUUGAGGCUGCCAAAGUUGAGGCGGCCAAAGAGGAAAACAAGGAACUUGCGGCCCUUAUCAAACCCAAGGGCAAUGCUUCUACGGAGUACGAUUUGACGGCUAAAAAUAUUACCCCAAUGGGUGGUUUCCCACACUAUGGUGAAGUCAACAACGAUUACGUUAUGAUCAAAGGUUGUUGUAUGGGACCUCGCAAACGCGUCAUAACUCUUCGUAAGAGCCUUAUUCAACAGACUAGUCGUCGUGCUCUGGAGAAGGUGGUCCUCAAGUUCAUUGACACUUCUUCCAAAUUUGGUCACGGUAGAUUCCAAACUCGUGCAGAGAAGAAAGCGUUUUUGGGUCCUUUGAAGAAGGAUUUGGAGCGUCCAAAGGUUGCGGCGUGA